AUGUUGUUAAAAGGAACCCUACCCGACUUGAUUAACUUUUGCUUUGAAGUCUACACGGAGAUGAUCAGGUCGCCGAAAUACAUUAAAAAAGAGGACGUAUUACUGAUGGCCAAAAGGAACAGCAUGAAAAUGUGUAAAUUAGUCAAUAUGGAGGAGUACGAUCAGAGUUUCGUAAAUUUUGUCAUGACCGAGGUGGACAAGGAUCGUGAUAAUAGAAUUUCACUGGAAGACUACCGUAAAGCUGUGCACGAAAAUGUCGCUUGGUUGCAGUUUUUGGGGCAAAUCCUUCCGGAUUGCACUAAAAAAGAGAAAUUUAUGCUGUUAUUUACGGAUCUACCCUACGUCAAAAAUAUAAAAAGUACAGCUGCAGCAAUGACACGAAACACCAUGGAGAGUAUGGGCAAAAUGACCAUGCUGAAAUCGACAAUUAGCCAAUUCGAUAACUUCCAUAGUACUACGUCUUUUUCCAGCAAUUCUACUUCUUUGGUGGUUAACAUGGCUCAUGUGUCUAAAAAGAAUCAAUUAAUAUCAGAUGGAAAUUAUUUAACAUUGUUUUAA